AUGCCUGAAGCCAUUCCGCCCCAUAAACGGGCUUUGACCGACACAACCAACAAUAUUCGUGGCGAUGCCCGGAAAGGAUUUGGUUCGACUCAACCGCAGAAGAGUCAGUUUGAGGAGGAAGUUCUUGAGAAAUUGACGCAGGACAUCGGAGAUUUGAAAGGCAACAAUGCGGAGAAGGACCAACAAUGGGAGCGACCCCCUUUGGGCGAUUUCGACCCAACCAAGGAGAAUAUCUGUUUUCAACAGAUUGAUGCUGAAGAGGGUCGAUUUGGAGCCGACAAAAUGGCAGUUCGCCUCUUUGGUGUCACCGAGCUCGGUCAAUCAGUCAUGUUGCAUGUUACUGGCUUCCAGCACUACCUCUAUAUCGCUGCGCCGGUUGGCUUCACAAAGGAGGACUGCGGCCCUUACCGAGCCUUCCUCGAAACCAAACUCGCGCAAAUGGUCCCAGUCAUCCAAUCCGUGGAGGUAACCCUACGGGAAAACCUGUAUGGAUUCCAGGGAAACCAAAAGAGCUGGUAUCUCAAGAUUACCGUGACCGACCCUAAGUUUAUUGCCAGGCUGCGAAGUGCGCUUGAAACAGGCAGUGGCUCAAUGAACUACAAAGGUCUGUGGAGCAACUCCGAUUCGGGGAUCCUCACAUUCGACAGCAUUCAAUAUCUUCUGCGAUUCAUGAUUGAUACUGGUCUACACGGCAUGUCGUGGGUCGAAGCCAAGGCAGGAAAAUUCCGCCUUUUGUCAGACCACGAAAGGCAAUCGAAUUGUCAAGUUGAGGCCAUCAUGGACUAUCGCGACAUGAUUGCGCAUGCUCCUAACGGAGAAUGGGCCAAGAUGGCUCCACUUCGUAUCCUUUCCUUCGAUAUCGAGUGCGCUGGCCGUCAAGGCAUCUUCCCAGAACCCAACGUCGAUCCAGUUAUCCAAAUUGCCAACGUCGUCACUCGGUACGGAGAGUCCAAACCUUUCAUUCGAAAUGUAUUUUGCCUCGAUACUUGCAGCCUCAUCGUCAAUACACAAAUUCUGGAGUUUGAGAAGGAGGAAAGAAUGUUGAUGGCAUGGCGUGACUUUCUGGAAAAGGUCGACCCCGAUGUCAUUAUCGGGUACAACAUCGCCAACUUCGAUUUCCCUUACUUGCUGGAUCGUGCCAAACAUCUGAAGUGCACCCAGUUCCCAUACUGGACUAGAGUGAGGAACUGCAGGACAGAGGCCAAGGAGGCCAGUUUCUCGAGCAAGCAGAUGGGCAACCGAGAGACCAAAGCGACCAACACGAACGGCAGAAUUCAACUCGACUUGCUCCAGCUGGUACAACGAGAUCAUCAAUUGCGAAGCUACACCCUCAAUUCCGUAUCAUACGAAUUCCUGGGAGAGCAGAAGGAAGAUGUUCACCACACCAUGAUCACAGAACUGUUCAACGGCACGCCCGAUUCUCGACGUCGAUUAGCGGUAUACUGUUUGAAAGACGCCUACCUACCGCAACGGCUGAUGGACAAGUUGAUGUGUCUGGUCAACUACACGGAAAUGGCAAGAGUCACGGGUGUUCCCUUCAAUUACCUUCUUUCUCGGGGUCAGCAAGUCAAGUUCAUCAGUCAGCUGUUCCGAAAGGCUCUCGAGCAGCAGCUUGUCAUUCCCAAUUCCAAGUCGCAGGAUGAACAGGAUUAUGAAGGUGCCACUGUCAUUGAACCGAAACGUGGUUACUAUGGCGUGCCAAUCGCCACUCUCGAUUUUGCAUCGCUAUAUCCAUCGAUUAUUCAAGCGCACAACUUGUGCUACACAACCUUGCUCAACAAGAACAGCGUUGAGAAACUUGGUCUCAAAAAGGACGAAGACUACAUUGUGACGCCAAAUGGAGACAUGUUCUGCACCGCGAAAGUUCGCAAAGGUCUCUUGUCGCAAAUUCUCGAGGAAUUGUUGGGUGCAAGAAAACGUGCGAAGAAAGAGUUGGCGAGCGAGACCGAUCCAUUCAAGAAAGCCGUCUUGAACGGUCGUCAACUUGCUCUGAAAAUCAGUGCCAACAGUGUGUACGGCCUGACUGGUGCCACGGUCGGCAAGCUGCCUUGUCUUCCGAUUGCCAGUAGUACUACCAGUUAUGGUCGUCAGAUGAUUGAGAAGACCAAGGCGGAAGUCGAAGCGCGCUAUACUAUCGCCAACGGGUACUCUCACGAUGCCCAGGUCAUCUACGGUGAUACCGAUUCAGUCAUGGUCAAGUUCGGUGUCACCGAAUUGGAAGAUGCGAUGAAGCUAGGCGAGGAAGCUGCGGACUAUGUUUCUUCAAAAUUCAUCAAGCCCAUCAAGCUCGAAUUCGAGAAGGUGUACUUUCCCUACCUGCUCAUCAACAAGAAGCGUUACGCCGGUCUUUACUGGACCAACACUAAAAAGCAUGACAAAAUGGACACCAAGGGUAUUGAAACGGUUCGACGUGAUAACUGCCUGCUGGUCCAAAAUGUCAUCGAGACGGUUUUGAACAAGAUUCUUAUCGACCGAGAUAUCGAUGGUGCGCAAGAGUAA